GAUCCUUUUCCUCUCAACUAUCUAUCUACCUUAACCUAUCGGCCAUGGGCGUCUCUCUCUACUCUUCCAAUAUAAGUAUGUCGAAGCUGAUGGAUGCAGAAUCACAUUGGUAUGCAGCGGCUGACUUUCUCUGGGUAUUAUUGAAUUCGAAUUUCUUGUUCCUUUUCCUUUUUUCUGAUUUUGAGCAGCAGUCGACACAUAAAUAGGACCAAGUCGGUUUCUGAAUUGUUAACUUUCUGGAAAAUCAAGAAUAUGUAGUGCUAAUUGUGAUUGGUUGUAUGAUGAAACGCUUAUUUGGUUUUGUGCCACAUCAUCCUUGUCCUCGUUGUAGUAUGACUAUGUUGAAAAGCUGAUUAUCAUGAGUGGGGAAGAUUGGCAGGCUUGUUGAUUUAUUUCCCUUUGAAUUGCGAAAGAUGGAUAUUCGAAUGGUUAUGUAACUCUUGCUUUGCCUUCUUGGAAGGUAUGGGGUUCUGGUAUCGACUGUGAUGAGGAGAAUGUGCCUCAGACUAUCGACUAAGUUGUUGAAUAUAUCCGUAGCAUCCCUUUGUAGAACCAGACAAUUGGAGAAGGCUGAAGCUGCUCUUAUUGAUGGAAUAAGAUUGGGAGUGCUACCGGAUGUAGUGACCUAUAACAUUUUGAUAACGGGGUAUUGCCAAUUUGUUGGGUUCGAUGCAGGUUACCAUGUCAUUCACCGAAUGAAGGAGGCUGGGAUAAGCCCGAAUCUUGUUACCUAUAAUUCUUUGAUGGCUGGUGCGACCAGGCAGCACUCUUUAGCAUGCUGUCUUGAUAUGCUCGAUGAGAUGCUCGACAGGGGAAUAGUUCCUGAUAUAUGGAGUUAUAACACGUUGAUGCACUGCUUUUUCAGAAUGGGAAGGCCAUAUGAUGCAUAUAGGAUUUUCAGUGAAAUUCUUCUGAAGAAUAUCUCUCCUUGUCAGGCCACUUAUAACAUCCUAAUUAAUGGACUUUGCAAGAACGGGUACAUUAAGAAUGCUUUGAUGUUAUUUAGGAACUUGCAGCAUCAAGGCUACGUGCCUCAGAUAGUGACAUACAACAUUCUUAUGACUAGUCUAUGCAAGUUGAGGAGGUGGAAGGCUAUAAUGAGACUUUUCGAGGAGAUCAGGGAAUUGGGUAUUGCACCGAAUGCUAUUACUUACACCACAGCUAUGAAGUGCUGCUUCAGGAGUAGACGCUAUAAGGAAGGGCUUCAAAUAUUUUUCGAGAUGAAGAGCAGAGGGUAUGCAUAUGAUUUGUUUGCCUGCUGUACAAUUGUUGCGGCUUUGGUUAAGUCAGGUAGAAAGCGAAUCGCUGAUAGAUGCAUUGCACACAUGAUUAAGAUCGGGUAUGAUCUUGACAUAGUGUCGUACAACACCUUAAUUAAUAGGCAUUUCAAGGAAGGCAAACUGGAAAAGGCUUACAACUUGUUGGACGUGGCGGAAUCGAGGGGACUGGAUUGUGAUAUAUAUACCCAUACCAUCUUGAUCGAUGGGCUUUGCAAGGCUGGCAAUUUUAGUGUUGCCGAAAGGCAUCUGAACCAUAUGAAAAUGAUGAGAUUCAAUUGCUUAGUUGCAUCUAAUUGCUUUAUUAAUGGUCUCUGCAAAGCUGGCUAUAUUGAUUAUGCACUGCAAGUUUUUAAGUCAUCAGAUAUGAGGGAUUCGUCUACCUACUCUUCCUUGGUGAACAGCCUUUGCAAACAAAGGAGAUAUCUUUUGGCUGCUCAACUCUUGCUAUCUUGCAUUAGAUCAGGUAUGAAAAUACUAAAGUCGGACCAAAAGAAUGUUAUUCAGGGUCUCACUCGUUUAGGCACCAAAGCGGAUGCCGAGAGAUUUAAGCUACAAGUUCGGAUAGCUAAAUUGUUGCACUAUUGAUUCAUCUUAGAUGUCUAUUCAUAUGACGUAGAAUAUCUUCAUAUGAAUGCUAUUUAAUUUGAGCAACCAGCCGUCAUCUGCCACCAUCUAAUCAUUGAUGCGCCUUGUUCUUGAAAAUUCAAGGAUUAUCAUGUCAGGCCAGAUUCUGACUGUUACUAAUGCAUAUCUUACACUGGAAAAGUUUGGAUGAUUGUGUAUUUUGAUUUUACUACAAUGGAGAUGGAGAAGUUCUAAAAUCAUUACUUUGUAUGGAUGAAAUUUGAUUCUUCUCCGGAUUAAAAUGGUGAAAUGGUUGGUGCUUGGUCAAUCAUCAAAUGACAUGUUCAAAGUUUAGAUCCCGAAUGGCCCAUUUUCACUAUCCAGUCUUGAUGGCCCUUGUAAGUCAUGUGCUACUCGAGUGAAAGAGUGAAGUGAUAUUACCAGGGUCCAGGCUGUGGGUACUGUAGUGGCACGCGAAGCAUUGUGCUGAGGUAUUAAACGCUUCUUCCAAUGGGUCGUGUCGUGUGGUCUCUAUUCCUAGUAACUUCGCCUUCUAGCCCUGGUAAGACAGGGAAGAUCUCCUGCAAAGUGGAAGAGAGAAUGAUGGCUGGAUAAAAUUGUUGCCGAUGGGCCAGAUGCAACCCUUCUGGUUUUCUUGGCCAUCGACCAGACACAAUAAUUGAUGUCAAAUUCAUCGAGCAGCUGCUGUAGGCGAGUUUAAGGUGGUACAGUCAGUGGUGGAAAAUUUAUCUAUAACUGACAAGACGGCAAGUUCUAGAUCAUAGUUGCUGGAAUAAGUUUGUCAAAAUAUCGAAAGAAAUUAGGUGCUGCUAAGUAUUACAUUUCAUAGAUUCAAAACAGUGUUGAGACGAUAUUCCUCACUUCAUCUAUAGAGGCUUAUUACACGAGGAAUUACUCUAAUUCAUGAAAAGCUAGAUAUUGAAAUUGAGGAGUGCGCCGCUUGAAUAUAUUGGCUUGGGAAGUUUCAAGAGUAGGGAAAAUAGUUUGGACUUGGUGUUAUACGACCACAUGCAAAACUUAUAUCAAUGUGAAUGUGAACUCCCAAGUAGAAAUUCACAUAUUCUUUUAGCAUUCUUGAUAAUUACUUUUUCUUCUUCUUCUUUAAAGGAGGACCAAUAGUGGUUUCCCAUCUCCUUUUGUGGUGAUUCGAACUCCAACCUACUGAUUAAAGAAAAGGUGACUGAACUGCACUUUGUUGUCCAUUCUUGAUAAUUACUGGUAUUUGACAAUGUACGCCAUUUUUGUUGAUUAUCGCGUUUAUUAGCCCUUUUAGUAAUGAACUCCCUUUCUAUCA